AAUAUACUAUAAUCUAAACCAAUAAGAUAUUAAACACGAAAUACCCGCGGCAUUUAAUUUAACACUGCGCAUGCCUUAUGUUUAUCCAAAUUUUUAAAAGAAAACUCAAUUAUUUACAAAUUGGGACAGGGUUCCGUUGAAUUUUAAGUUGAUGAACCACCCCAAAAUAUAAAAUGGGUCGAAAGAAAAAGGAUAAGGUCGAAGAAAAAGAAGUUAUAACUACAAGGACGCCACGGAAA